UUGUGCAGCCACUCUGUGAGAGAAAGAGAUAGUGUGGGAGGGAGAGAGGAGCGGAGGAGAGAAAAUGACGACGAGGUUCAAGAAGAACAGGAAGAAGAGAGGCCACGUCAGCGCCGGUCACGGUCGUAUCGGGAAGCACCGCAAGCAUCCCGGUGGUCGGGGUAACGCCGGUGGCAUGCACCACCACCGCAUCCUCUUCGACAAGUACCAUCCCGGUUUCUUCGGAAAGGUGGGUAUGCGCUACUUCCACAAACUCCGCAACAAAUUCUACUGCCCCAUCGUCAACAUUGAUAAGCUAUGGUCCCUCCUACCCCAGGAGGCCAAGGACAAGGCCACCGCCGACAAGGCGCCAUUGCUCGAUGUCACCCAGUUCGGUUACUUUAAGGUUUUGGGUAAAGGGGUUUUGCCUCAGAACCAGCCUCUGGUCGUGAAGGCCAAGCUUGUUUCCAAGAUCGCCGAGAAGAAGAUCAAGGAGGCAGGUGGAGCCGUCGUUCUCACCGCCUGAUUUUUUUAGGGUAUUUUUAUUUAAAAGGAUUUUGAGAUCUGUUGUUAUUUUUGGUUUUGGUUCUUGUUUUAAUCUGUCUGAACUGGAUUAGUUUAAAUGUUUUUUUUUAUAUUCUCAAUGUUCUGGAUUAUAUCGUUUUUUGUUGCGUGUUAUGGUAUGUGAUGGGAGUUUUACAUGCACAAAUCGGUAUUUACAAUACGGAUUUGGAACGAGGCGACUAAGGUUAAUGUUGGAUAUAAUUAAAAACAGUGCUUUGUUGGAA